AUGGACCAAGAUCCAGUAGAGUCGUCGCCAGAACGUGCGAUCUCAUCAGAGCCUUGUUCGACACAUCCACUUCCAUUCGAUGACAACGAGCAGCAUUCUGCGAGAAAGCGACAAAAGACUUCUAGAAGUGGCUCGAGGAGUAGGUCGGUUGACACGGCUAAAGCUUCAAAUAUUCCACCCGAUUCGAUGUCGUCACAUAAAGAUGAUUCGGAUAUUCUUCAUGACUCUUUCCCACCAAGCACUCCGACACGACCUGGCACCGCGCAAUCACAAACCGGACCAACAUCCAGUCGAGUUACCAUCAACCUGCGAACUCCUCAACCUCCUUUAGAAUCGAUAUACUUCAGCUCCCCUUCGCCUAAUACUCCAUCGAAAAUGACACACAUUGUGGACGAUGAAGGUGCCAGAAUUAGUAUUGAAUCCGAAAGUGAUGUGCUUUCAACUGUGCCAGCUUCAGUUAUUGAAACGCCCUCUUCCUCUCCUUCUGUCAUGGAAGGAAGCCCAGAGGUUGAACUCGUUCCUAUCAGUUCUGAUGAUCCUGAGCGAAGCCCAACUCUCGGUAUUAUCGACGAGGAAGAAGUCUUUCCUGACCCUCUAAAUCACUUCCCGGCUCAACGUCGCGGAGAAAACAUGCUUCAUGCACUCAGGAAGGUUUUACACAUUUUGCAAUUCGAGUCAAAUCAUAUUGGAAGAAGUUUGGAAACCCAUUACAACUGGAAGUGGGAUGAAGAUACUGCCGAGCUUCAAACUUAUUUUGAGGAUGGUGGUGGAUCGAUGCUUGCUCUGACCAAGUUCGUUGAAGGGCAGUCGCGGUUCCUCCCAAACUGUCCAAGACUAUUUGAGAAUUUUUCCGAGCCGUCAAAAUUGAUGGAUAGAAUGAGUCUUCUUGCUGCGGUGGCUAAGAGACAAUCAGGACCCGAGAUUUAUGACGACGCUAGCCGGAAACUCGCCCAUGGAUAUGACUAUUUCAAUGUCAUGUCUUCAGCGCUGGACUCUAUCAUUGAGAAAAAUGCCACGUUUCUUACACCUGAAGCCGCAAAUACGCAUCUUUCAUGUCUAACGCAGAUAUUGUGGAAUUCGGCAACGUGGAACCCUCGAAUAGCGAAAUCUCAAAUGGAGAUACAUAGAAAGAUCUGCCCCGAUCUUCCCAUCCCAAUGCUUUCCAAGGCCAUGGCUCUCGAAUGGAAGUUUUUCGUCCUUCAAAAACUUAUCACAUCAACUCAGAUGCAACUUCGAGUAGUUGGUGUAACAACCAUGUGUGCAGAUCUCUUAAAUCUUCAUAGUACUUAUCGAGCAAAGGAAGCGCCGCCAAGCGGUGGCUUAGUUCUUCUUCACUUUGCGAAGUUAGUAUUGCAACAUAAGCUAAUUGACUACAUCGUCGGUAUUGGAUCUCACCCCGAAAUUAUCAAUGAAAGCGGCAACAUCGUCGGCUUUCUAGUAGUAACGAAAACAUACGAGGACGAGCAAACUGAUCUUAUCUGGCAGACAGUGAUAACGAGCCAGGAUCCAAGGGUUGUGGAGGCUAUUCUCAGAAUGAUGAAGAAAGUCCUUAACUUACUCGAGUAUCCAGCGUGCCUCUACAUUUGUCAGAAAGUUGCUGCCUUACCAAUACAAGCGUUCACUGUCGCAAUGAGAGACUUCUGCGAACAUCUCUUCAGAGAACUUUCAAGCAAGGUAGGUCGUAGUGAUCUCGACGCGUCUCCCUAUGACAUAUGCGUCCGUCUGAUUCGCGAAUCAUCAAUUAUCAGCGAUGAAUACCCGAACGGUUAUCCUGAGAUUCAAAAUUUUGCUGCAAGUCACCUACGCGAGUUGCUUGUUCAUGGGCCUGGUCAGGAAGCACGCACAGAUAUCUACCUAAGUUGCAUCAAGGACAUCUCUGACAAAACUGCCACUGCCCCUGGCAGCAUAUGUGUCGUCAGUGCAUUGCUUCAUCAAAGUUUGAUGCCAGAUCUUCACACACUGACCGCUCAGCAUGGCCUUACAAGAUUGAUGGUCGAUGAGCUUGAAUCGAACAUAGCUGGAAAUCGCUCUCUUGCUUAUGAUAGCCCUGCCAACAUUGCUCGUCGUGAGAUUUUACUACAAAUCAUUCUGAUGGAUCCGGACACUAUCAAUGCCGAACUUGGCACACGGCUUUGGAAUUUGUUGGUGGGAUCUCAGUCAAAUGACACAGCCGACCGCCUAGCAGGAUGGCAAAUCUUGAACAAGGCUUUCCAGAAAGCGAAGUUUUCCAACAGAUACCUUACCAUUUGCUUUCAGAGUUAUCUACCACAUCUGGAACCUAAUCAUUUCUUAGAUGGAACUUUGCUGUUUGUGAAGAGUGGGGUUGAUUUCUGGCUAGAGGAGAAAGAAAAGGAGUCUCAAGAAGAUGAGAAUGUUAAGCUAGAUCUAUCCUUUGACUUUCUCGCCAUGGAGCAGUUAUGGCGGAUAAUCGAAAGCGCCCCUCAAGGAAAAGUCUACGAGCAGGCCAUACAAGAGCUUGUUGGUGUUUACGUGGGUCCCUUUAUCCGUAGUCUGCCCCACUUCAAGACACGGGAACUGCAUUUAGCAUUUCUCACGCGGUGUUUGGACAAACUAGCAGAUGCUGCAGGUAGAUUGAAAACCUCUAGUACUGAUGGAGUUAGGAGUGAUGAUGAAGAUAUGGUUGUCGUGCUUCCAGAAUUUCACAUUCAAGAGCAGGAAUUGCUUUUCAUUCGGUCACUCGCAGCUCUGCAAACAUUUCUCGCGACAUAUUCAUGCCACGCACACUUUGCCACUCCGAAGUUGCGGUCCGCUGUGAGCAUACCAUCAGAUACUGUCGAGGGAACUUCUCUUACGAUCAUGUACCAAGCAUUUGGUGAAACUACUUCGUGUAUAAAGAAACUCACGAUAGGCGCGAAAGACACAGCUGCUACAUUAGUUGCAAAGCUGCAAAAGGAGACUGAUUUUACUUCUUGUAGGGUAUUUUACAGUGGUAAGGAGUUCAUGCACGAUGACGCUGAAUUGUGUAAGUCUGUGGAGAGUCUCAAUUUGAACGGCCUUGUUCUCGUCAAACGCCGUGACGAAACGAAUCCUCAAUUGCCGAGCAGCAAUGGUCCUCUCCAAUCGGAAAUCACAAGAAAUUUCGAUCAAAUUUGGAGUUAUCUUGGCAUGCAAGAAAAUUUGGCGGAAAAGAUCUACUCAUUCCUCAUUCAAUUUCCAGUCUAUGACAGAGUGCUACAGGAUCUUAGCAAUUCUGCCGUCCCAUAUACCGAAAUAUUCCCACUUGGGCAACCAUACAAAGCUCUGUAUGGCUUGUAUGGAUUGAAGCAAUACAUUCCCUCCCAGUCUUCAAAGGGAUUUAUUGAUGCUGCUAGUUUUGAUCGAGCAAUGACUUUACUCGUCGCUGCGAUCUCAGAUCCGAAAUUCCUUGAAAGUUGUGCACCGCAAACAAUUAGAGAAACUUUAGCCAUGCAUUUUAUUAGCAGCUUGGCGUCACUCCUUAAAGACCCGGCUCUACCUGCAUCAUCGACGGUUGGUAUCAACGACAAACUUUUGGAACGUCUCCUAGACUUACUAUAUGCUGCCAAGUCAGUGGCGGGUGGAGAAGCCUCGGUCCAUCUGAUAUGGACUAGUGUUGAGGCUUUGCUUGAGGUUGCCAUUCAGAAUUCUGCUUUAUGGAGUACCUUCAUUCGCCAUCUUAAUGGCAGUGAUCUCCUUCAAGAUCUUCUCUUGGAGGAUCUUCGGCCAUUUGUCCGAAAAGCCAUCUCAAAACACAUCACGAGCAAAUCUACCUUCAAUCCCAACCCAGCUCAUGUUUCCCCAUCCGAGGUUGCUAUCACAUUGUGGCCGAUAGUAGCCAAAUUGAUUCCCGAGGCUGUCAAGAGACCUGGACAGUGUGAGGAGACGUUUCAACUUGCACUGACGAUAUUUAAAAGAUUGUUGGAGACAGAAGUCGAUGUAGAUCUUAUCACCGUCGCACGAGAGUGGGGUGAGCUACUCAUCCAUCACGAUAACUGUGAAGAUGUUGGCGUACCUGAAGCCGUUGAUAUGGUUACUCAAGGCUUAGCCAAUCUGUUGCAUCAUGCCGUGAUGAGCAUGAAGCAUCCAGAACAAAAGUUGUCCUGUAGAGGUCUAGGACUUCGCAUCUUCAAGAGACGUUUGUUUCCUACCAUUUCGAACGAGGAUGAUAUUGGAAACGAUGGACUUAUUGCCCAAAAAAUCCCAGUGAUAAAUUCUAAAACUCGACAUACCAUGGGAGAGACUGUAUUGGCUCUAGUCAAAGACGACAUUACCCAGUACAAAGAACUAUUGCAGCUACUGUCAGAGGUUGCUCCUUAUGAGCACAGGGCCAUUGACCCAUAUCUCUUCGACAUGCAAAUUGUAUAUGAAAGAUCGAAGGCUGUCAGAUCUCCAACUGGUUAUGUUGGCCUGAAAAAUCUUUCUAAUACGUGCUACCUCAACUCUCUGGUUACGCAGCUAUUCAUGAAUUUGUCAUUCAGGGAAUUCAUUCUCCACUCACCUAUCACUGUUCCAGGUUCGCAAAAGCUACUCAUUGAGACUCAACAAUUGUUCUCUUUCAUGCAAAAUAGUAUGCAACGAUUCAUCGAUCCAACUAAUUUUGCUGCGUCUAUUACAACCUUUGAGGAGACGGAGAUUGAUGUCACCGUCCAAAUGGAUGUCGACGAGUUCUACAACCUUCUCUUCGAUCGUUUCGAACGUGAAAAUUUAACAGACGAUGAUAAACGCAAAGUUAGAUCAUUUUAUGGAGGCAAAUUGGUACAGCACGCGUCAAAUCGCAAGAAUGCCCUCAUAUCUCGGGGAGAUUAG